CGGACAGUAACGACGCCGACGCGACGGUAGCAAGGACGGCGGCGCAGCUGCCGAGAACGUCGUUUUCACUGACGCAACAUUGAUCGCGCACCUCUACGGACUAUAACCUGUGCAUUUUCCAACGUUUCGUUGCGAUUCUGCGAAAUUUUGCCGUCCGAUAAAAUUCAACUAAGGUCUAUUCAUCAACCUAUAUCUCACGUCUAAAUUUCUGAUUGUACGCAAUAUCAUCUAUUAUUAUUUGGGCGGCGUGUGCUCCGAAAAAUAAAGACCAUGAAGAGCUCCGACUAAUAGUCUGAACAACCCCACGAACGAAACCCGACAAAGGUGGAAUCAUCGCUUUCGGAGUAAAAGUUUUGUGUAACACCACCCGAUGUGUUAAGUGUGUUGCAGUUUUGAAUUAUUCAAAGAACGUCGAUGGCAUUUGAAUUGUGACACUGCCCUUGAUUCAAUCGUUGCAAAGAUUGAUACUAAUGAGGAGAGAAUUAAAAGGCCUAUGAAUAGUCAUCAAAGAGUGAAUGACCGUUAUUCAACAGCUGCACCGAUGCGAGAUUCUCUCCGAUAGCGGCGUCGAUCGUAGACGUCGGCGAUUGACGUCAUUAUCAUUAUCAUCGGCUUAAUAAUAACAACGAUUACACAUCGAAAUCAUGGAGAAGCAGGAGUUCUUCGCAAAUCUACAAUAUCUGCCAAUCGCUGUUUUUAUCUCCUUGCCUACAGUUUUCAUUUCAACAUAUGUAAUAGCUGUCUUACUAGGACACGUGGAAGCUGGUUUUCCUUACAUUUCUGAUACAGCGACUUACGCACCAGAAAGUUCUAUCUUCUCUCAAGCUGUCAACUUGAUCACUAUUCUCAUGGGUUUUGCGAUCUAUAUAAGAUAUUCCCAAGUUAAGGAAUGCAUUAGCUCUGAGUCACCUACAGAUUCUUUGCUUGCAAAAUGGAAUUAUUGGGCUUUAAUUUUCGGCCUCAUGUCAACUGCCGGUCUGUCAAUCGUCGCAAACUUUCAAGAGACAUCAGUAAUAAUAGUUCAUCUAAUCGGUGCAUUUCUCUGCUUCGGAAGUGGUACCGCAUAUUUUUGGACCCAGGCGGUAUGUUCAUUCUGCUUGUACCCAUCAGGAUGCUCGUUACGAAUUGCACAGCUUCGUACGGCAUUAUCGACUUUCUGUACUGUGUGCUUUAUUGUGAUCACCAUCACAGGCGUAUUGGCUCAUUCGGCCUAUAAGGGAACAAAUCCCCAAAAAUGGAACAAGGAGGAUGGCGGCUGGGAGUUGCAUGUGGUUAGCACCAUAACUGAAUGGCUUUGUGCAAUAGCGUUUUGCACUUAUAUCUUAACAUUCACGGAAGAGUUUAGGGAUAUCAGAAUAAUUCCUCCAAAGGUAAUAUGUAAUAUGCACCGAUUGAAUUCGACUAACGAAAUAUUGAACGAGAGCCAAGAUUCCACCGUGGUUCACGAUCAAACGAAUCCAUCAACUAGUACCUGAUCGUUCAUAGGCAGAGGCGCCGGCUAUGUCAAUCUUCUCUCGCAUUUGCCGGUUGACA